AUGUCUUUCUCCAACGCAGAUACUGGCAACAAGCCCGCCGACCCUUACAAGGCCGCCAAUCUCGAUAAUGACGUCUCCGUAAAGGAAAAGGUUGAGGCCUUCGUCAAGUUCGCCGAAAAGUCCAAGUUCGGCAUGAUGACCACCAGAGACGCCAAAUCCGGUGCUUUGGUUUCUAGAGCAAUGGCUCUUGCCGCCACUGAAAAUGGUGGCGUCGACCUCCUCUUCCACACCAACACUGAGUCACACAAGACGGAUGAGAUUGACAGCGACCCUCACAUCAACAUAGCCUUUAUCAACAGCUCCGGCGACUGGGCCUCUGUCUCGGGCAUUUCUAGCGUUAUCACUGACCGUUCACUGGUCAAGAAGCACUACAGCCCCACCCUUAAGGCGUGGCUGGGUGAUCUUGGUGAUGGUACUCACGACGGAUCUGAAAACGAUCCUCGCAUCGGCGUCAUCCGCGUCAAGACCACCAGCAUCACGUACGCCAUCAGCAACGCGACUUUUGUCGGCAAGGUGGCUCAGUUGGCCGAGGGUGUUGUGACGGGUAAUGCGGCGCAGGUCAACAAGUUGAGGGAGGUCCCGUCUCAAGAGGUCGAACAGUACCGCUCUGCUGCUUCUUCCUCUUAA